AUGAGAUUUAAAGCUGAAAUCGGCGCUAACUUGACUCAUCUAAUGGACAACAUGAGUAGACCGCGCACCAACACUUGUCUGCGGCACUUUGAACCUUCAGCUCUUGAAGAGUGCUCGUGUCCAACAACUAGUGUUUGUUUUGAAAGAUACCCAUACUCCAUAACAAACAGAAUGACGUCACCGGCGAUUAGCAAAUCACCCGAAAAACAAAAAUCCGAAAGCAAGUCACCAUCACACGCUUCAGUUAACACCCAAGAACAGGUCCCACAAGCCCAACAAGAGCCACAGGCGGAUCCUCUUAGCUGCCUCAGAAUUUUUAAGCUGGCCGGGCUAAUGAUGAAGCAAGGGUGUUAA